AUGGAGCUGGAGCCGGAAAAGACCGGGUUUCACACCCUCGCCGAACCCCAUCCGACGAAACUGGUAGAAGGUGGCGUAUUGGGCAAAGACGCGACGGUGGAUGAUCUUCGCCGCGCUGUACCCGACUACUGCUUCACCCCGUCCCUCUUCUGGUCCUUCUUCUAUUUGUUUCGCGACCUCGCGUACUCUGGCAUCCUCAUGACGGCGUUAUAUCAGCUGCUAAACACGACGGCGGUGCAAGAAUCUUCGCUGCUAUAUUACUUCACGGUAAAUGUAUAUGGAGUCUGUCAGGGGAUUGUCUGGACUGGGUUGUGGGUGAUUGCGCACGACUGUGGCCACAGCGGCUUCUCACACUCGGCCAUGCUGAAUGACAGCAUUGGUUUCGUGUUGCAUUCCAGCCUGUUGGCCCCCUAUUUCUCGUGGAAGUCGACCCAUCGACGACACCACAUCUAUGCCAACCACAUUGAAAAGGACCUCAACUAUGUACCACCACAACGCCAGUCGUACGCUGAGAAGAUUGGUCAAGCGGUGGAGGUUCUCGAGGAUAUCGGACAGGAUGCCCCCUUGGUAUUGUUCCUCCGCAUCGUGCUGCAGCAAACCAUCGGCUGGAAUUGGUAUAUCCUGACCAACAUCACUUGUCCACCGUCGGCCGUGCCGAAGAAGGGCAUGUCCAUGUGGCGCCACAGCCAUUUCGAUCCCCAGGGAGCAUUGUUCUACCCCUCCGAGUGGCUGUCCAUCGUCCUGUCCGACAUUGGAUGUUUGGCCACAAUUGCGGGGCUGUAUCAUCUCUAUACUGUGUUUGGCUCCUUUGAAACGGUCUUCUGGGUGUACAUCGUGCCCUGGACCUGGGUGAAUCACUGGAUCGUGAUGAUCACGUAUCUUCAUCAUACUCACCCAGCGGUUCCCAAGUACACCCCCGAGUCGUGGACCUUCCUGCGAGGCGCGACGGCGACCAUCGACCGCGACUUUGGCAUCAUCGGCACCCAUUUCUUCCACCACAUCUCGUCCGACCAUGUCACCCACCACCUGUUCUCCCGCAUCCCACAUUACUAUGGCCCCACGGCGAGCAAGGCGAUUAUUCCUUUGUUGGGUAAGCAUUACCACGGACGGGGUGAGUUCAACUACCAGGCGCUGGAGACAUCCUUCAGUCGAUGCCAGUGGGUGGAGGAAGACCUGGGUAAGGACGUGGCCUUUGGGUUGCGAACGGCCGAUGCGGCGGGCGAAAAGGAUGCGAAAAGCACGGGGCUUUGGUAUCGAAGUGGGCGUAGUCCCUUGCCCGAGUAUAAAAUGCGGGGGUCGCCGAUGCUGUGA